CGUGCCUUCGACCUUCUGCCUAUGCAUCUGCCCGUCCAUCUCUCUCACACGAGAACUGCUACUUCCAGGGUAAUAAGAAUGCAUCAGACAUGGUGAUCCAGUGCCAGGAUCCCCAGAUAUCUUAUCACCCGGAUCAUGCCGGACUUUGACAGAAAGCGCAAGUUCCAAGGCGACCAGAACCACCGUCCCAAAAAGCCACACAGAGACAACCCGAAACCCCCAAGUCACACCAAUGUUGAGACAUCAAUCAAUAAUGGACUUCCUCCCCUGCCGCAAAUCCACGAGAAAUACCGAUCCGUCGUCUUCACGCACCCCAGCCAAGCACCCGGUAAUGUCCACGCCAGCUACGACAGACUUGAGUUCCUCGGAGAUGCUUACCUUGAACUCUUUGCAACCCAAUUAAUUUUCGACCGAUUCCCGAGUCUGGAUCCGGGAAAGAUGUCUCAGAUUCGAGAGUCUCUGGUCAGGAACGAAACCAUCGGUCAAUAUGCCAGCCUCUACGGACUGGACAAGCAAAUACAAAGCUACAAGCAAUUCCAGAAUCAGGCACCUCAUGCUUGGCUCAAGAUCAAGGGAGAUGUUUUCGAGGCCUAUGUUGCUGCUGUAAUCUUGACUGACGCGGAUGAGGGAAGGCAAGCUAAGAAAUGGCUUCACCAGCUGUGGGAUCCCAAAUUGCAGGCCGCCCUCAAUGCUAAUAAUGCCCCCUCAAAGAAAAGCAAGGAGGAGCUGGCCAAGAAGAUCCUGGCGAAGGGUGUGAAGAUCAAUUAUGUUGAUGAAAAGGAACCCGUUGUCCACUACGGCCAAGGAAAAGAGACCUACUUUAUUGGAGUCUAUUUGACUGGUUGGGGCUGGGACAACCAGUACCUUGGUAGUGGGAAAGGCUCCAGCAGAGUCGAGGCUGGACAAGCAGCUGCAGCAGCCGCACUCAGCAAUCGGCCACUCAUUGACGAGAUUGCAGCCAAGAAGGCAGAGUCAUACGUCCAACGAGACAAAGAACAUAUUCAGGUGGAUGAGAUGGAAAAUGUCUAACGCUGCCUAUGGAUUUGUGUUCCUGCGGUACAGGCUGAGGUCUACCCGUUUCUGACAACAACCUCAACGGCGACGGCGUCAUGCUAUCCGAGGACCAUGACAGCCGUGAAGAUCAGCAGAUUUUGACCUUGAGGUGUAUGGCCUAUCAAUCCUUCUCACCAUCGCUGAGGUUCUGAUCAUCGAUGACGUUCGAACACCGAAUCUCAUUCUCGAAUUGUCUGGCCAAGUCCGAACUGCCGUGUUGUGCAAGAAAAAAUCCCCAGUUCACGUCCUCAUGUGUCGAUACACCUGCGGAUUUCAGUUAGCCUAUACCAACAAUGACGAAGGUCUGAAGACAAUCAUGCCAGAGGAGAAAAGUCAUGUCAACUGAGGGAGAACGUACGGUCAGCCUCGAACUCUAAUUGCUCCUUAACAGGGCUCUCCGUAUGGACUGGCGGCAGCUGGGGUUGAGAAAUCCAGGGCUGGCCUUGUUCUGGCGCUAGUCCGCUGCUCUCCUCGAGUUCAUCUUCUUUCCCAUCGGCCUUUUUGCACUGCAGCCAUCCAGAUAUGCGCCUAUUCAGCCUUCGGAAAGCCCCGCGUGCCUUCCUGACCUCUUGUCCCGAAGUUAUCAUCUCAACGCAGCCAACAUCAUCACUCAAUGCCUUUGUUUCAGUGUCCUGCACGUUUAAUACAAUGUUUUCCUCGUUCGGAUUGUCUUUCUUUGUCUCGACCUGGGCAUUGUGAUCGGGAGUCUUGUCUGACUCGGUCACAACAGAAGCUGUGGUUGGUCCAGCGACAGCCCAGGAAACAAGGCGAUCAACAAAAUCCUUUUCUUUGUCUGGCCAAACAUAGCGGUAACUGAUCGUACCAUUGUGACGAACGAUCUCAAACUCGCCUCCACUCUGCCCAGCUGCGCGUCGACGUUGUCGACGAGCCUGGACGCUAUCGGCUACACCGGCCUCGGACAUGAUCGAGACUGACGCCAGGUAUUAUGGAAAAUCGCAGAAAAUUGGGCUAAGGAACUGCAUUAGCGGAUCUAUGAGGGGGCCAGAUACUGGACGGGGACCUAUUGCUCUCCUCUUCGAUGCCGAAGAGAAGGCUCUUGCGUUUGAUAAGUACUUCGCGAAGAUGGGAUGGCAUACUCUGAAGGAGAGGCGCGAAGCCACGGAGAUUAUCAAUGUCGGAAUGUCUCUGACCGCGAUAGACAGAGGCGUUCACCAAGAUCGACUUGAAUAGACAUAUGGCAUGUUGAGACGAUACAUUAAAAAGCUAAACCGUUGCC